UCUCUGCGGACGGUGGCUGAAAAAGGACAAUGGUUUCCAUGUCAGCGUAUAAACGCUCUCGCCUUAGUUCCUGGACGAGGGAGGAUGUAGUAAUGAUUGCGUGCAGAGGAACGAGAAAGAAACUUAAAGGAGCUGGCGACUAAUAGAGUAAGAACCAUGCCGCGCCGAGGCCUAGUGGCAGGGCCAGACUUUGAAUAUUUCCAGCGUCGGUUUUUCACUCCGGUUGAGGUGGCCCAACACAACCGGCCGGACGACCUCUGGGUGUCUUACCUGGGAUACGUAUACGACCUAACGCCGUUGGCACAAGAGUACAAAGGAGAUCUGCUGCUGAAACCCAUCGUGGAAGUUGCGGGUCAGGACAUCAGCCACUGGUUUGAUCCAAAGACCAGAGACAUCCGUAAGCACAUAGAUCCGCUGACUGGUUCCCAGAGAUACCGCACCCCCCGGGGCCGCUUUCUGCAUGUCCCACCUCAGCUGCCCCGUUCCGACUGGGCCAAUGAUUUCGGGAAGCCCUGGUGGCAGGGGUCGCGUUAUGAAGUGGGGCGGCUGUCCGCCAAGACCCGGAACAUCCGUAUCAUUAACACGCUCACGUCGCAGGAGCACACACUUGAGGUGGGGGCCCUGGAAUCAAUGUGGGAAAUCCUACACCGCUAUCUCCCCUAUAACGCACAUGCUGCCAGCUACACAUGGAAAUAUGAAGGGGAGAAACUGAACAUGGAAUAUACCCUGGAAGAGAAUGGGAUCCGGGAUGAGGAGGAAGAAUUUGACUAUCUCAAUAUGGACGGUACACUCCACACACCUGCAAUACUGCUCUACUUCAAUGAUGACCUCACAGAGCUGUAGGAAAGGAGAUACAUGCUUAUGUAGACUCAAGACAUAUUUUGAAUUUGGCUGUUUCUGUGCCCUGUAGGAAAAGAGAUGGAGAUGGGGGGAGGGGGGGUGUUGUUGGACCUAGACCUCCAUUCUAUUCUGGGAACUGGCCUGUUCCCAUGCCCUUCUGAAGUAUAAAGGUCCUUUUUCCCAGGUCCAUUAUAAUUUUAUUCUGAGAAAGUUAGGGAGAAUGCUAGAAGUUAAUUUUUUAAAUGAUGC